AAAGUGAAAGUAUGGAGGAAAGUAAAUUAGGAAGAAUCAGCUUUUUUACUUCUGAUCGGUGUUCUAAAAAUCCCCGAUCAAUCCUUAAAAGAUAUUUUAUCGAUUACACUUCGAAUGACUAAAAAUUCCUGGUUUAUCAGAAAAAUCUUCGAUAAAUCCCGAAUCGACGGAUCAACCGAUUAGUUCUGAUACCCGAUUUCUACAUCGUGAUUUUGAAUUCAUACAGAGCCCAAAGGUUAAGCAGAACCAUCCCCCUAGCUACAUACACAUAUAUAACUACCACAGCUCUUCUCCAGCUUAAAGGAAUCCUUUAAACAUCAUUUAUUCUUAGAUAUUUCUCCAUCACACGAGCUAGUUAUGAUGGCUUCGCCCUCAGAGUUAACCCUUCAUUGCAAACCCCACAACACUUAUUCUAUGCUGCUCAAAUCAUCUGGAGCUGAACAGGCUACUGCAACUAACGACCAAACUCAAACUCAAAAGCUUGAAGACUUCCUUUCCUGCCUUGAAAAGGAAUGCAACGAGAUCGAAGCAUUCAAGCGUGAACUUCCUCUUUGCAUGCAACUUCUUAAUAACGCCAUGGAAACUUUCAGGCAGGAGCUACAAACAUGCAGCGCGAGCCAAGGACAGCGUCCAGUUGCAGAAGAAUUAGUCAUGAAAGUUCAAUCAAGCUCAGACUGCUCGGAGAUGACAUCAAACAUGUCGGACAAUAAAUCUAACUGGAUGAAUUCUGCUCAACUAUGGAGCCAAACAAAUGAUACAACUAAACAACCAACUACACCGUCUAAAGAAACUCAUGAUGUUCCAAAGCUAAGGUUAGAUGCUAAACAGAGGAAUGGUGGAGGUUUUCUUCCCUUCUCAAACGAAAGAAUCUCACGUCCUUGCACAAUAGGAGCUCUUCCUGAUCUAGCUCUAGUAUCAGUUGAUAAGGAGAUAAAAGAUAAGAAAUGGGUAGAACGUAACCAAGGAAAGAGAGCAAUAUCUGAAGAUCCACAAAGCAUUAGCACCAAUAAUGGUUUCACGUCAACCACAAGUCCACAGACUCACAGGAAGGCAAGGCGGUGCUGGUCACCUGACUUGCAUCGCCGCUUUGUCAAUGCUCUUCAAAUGUUAGGUGGCUCUCAAGUGGCUACCCCAAAACAAAUUAGAGAAGUGAUGAAAGUUGAUGGUUUAACUAAUGAUGAAGUUAAAAGCCAUUUGCAGAAGUACAGACUCCACACAAGAAGACCGAGUCCGAAUCCACAAUCAGCAGGACCCGCAGCUUCUCAGCUAGUCGUUUUAGGAGGCAUAUGGCUCCCAUCUGAGUAUGCUGCUGCCCAUCACGGUGGCGCACCCCCCUUGUAUGGUCUGCACCCUGCUCAUGUUAAAUCUCAACACUACAUAGUUCCCCAAGAAUACUAUUCUGCAGUUGCACCACAAGCACAAGGUCACCACCAGUUACACAACCAUACCUUGCACCACCAGCUCCACAUAUACAAUCAGCCCUCUCCGCAAAUUCAUGGCUCCCCCGAGUCUGACGCGAGGGGUAACACCACUGACCAGUCCGAGAGAAUGAAAGAUAGAAAAUCAGACAAAGAGGCAUUGGUGCCUGGGGAAGAUGGUGAAGAGAGCAAUGAAAGUGACAUCACUCUAAAGUUUUAGGGUUAAGAUUAGUUAGUUUCAUAUUUAUUUUAGUUAUACAUUAGUACUACACUACUCCUAGUUAAUUAACUUUGAGACUGCAUUUUCUGCGUUUAGCUGUGGAGACUCUGAAAGGCUGAGAAACAGGGGUAUAUGAGACACGGGUCUUUCUGACAUGUGCCCAAAGACACACAAUAAACACUAAAUUUGAUGAGCUUAAUGGAUUUUUAUCGGUGAAAUUGGUGUAAAUGCAAAGGAGGUAGCGGUUAUUGUGUGCCCAUGAGCACAUAGAAAAACCGAUAUAUCUAUGCCUCAAUCCACUCACUUUGUGGUAGAUUUGGGCCUCUACAACACCAUAAAAUUUGGGCACAGUUUAAUUCAAAGUCUGAGUCCUUUUCUACUAGCACAGUAGCACUUUUCUAAAAACUAACAGACGAGGUGUCAGAGUUUCUAUACUAUGUUCCU